GUCCGUGAAUGCAGCAAACAUUAGCUCAGGUUAGCAUCGCGCUGCUAACUAAAGCGUUAAAGCUAGCCACUUUUAAAGAUGAAUUGUUGGGCUUUUGUACGUCUCACGGCAGAAACGGGUUAAUUUUGUUAACGUUUAGUACGAAUGGACGUCAGGGAGCAUGUGUUAUCGGCGGGUAAAGCCGUUUUGGACAUGAUGGAGCGGGAAUGGCAGCCUCUGUCAGCGGGCGAGUUGGAGCAUCGGCUGGACCAGGCGGUGGAGGAGAUCCUGGAGGCAGAUCUGGUAACAAAACUCGAAACGCAGACUCCUCGGACUGUGUACGUGCAGCUGCUGCAAAGUAAACCCACCGCAGGUGCUCAGGUUUCACCUCCAGCAGAUGUUAAAGGUAACCCAGCUGAAGGAGGAGCAGCGGCGGCUGACGGAGAGCAGGAGACGGCGGUGGAGCCUGCAGCUGUCCGGUACAUCUCAGAGCUGCUUCAGAGCUCCACGUCCAGGACUCGGAUGGCUGGACGGGCGCGCUUGUCUCCGUCCCACACCGUCCUCCUGUCUCUGUCCCUGCUGUCUGAGCGGAUCAGCUACCGCUCCGUGUCCCGGCGCUUCCAGCUGGAGAAAGGAAACAUCCACCGGAUCUUCUCCUCGUUCUGCGAGCGCAUCAACGCGCUGGAGGAGAAGCUGAUCAGAUGGCCGCUCGGCAGAGAGGCUGAGGAGACACUUUUCCCAUUUUCCAGUCUGCUUGAACGAGACGAGCAGGAGGACGGCGUCCCUCUGGUCCUGGGAGUGUUGGGACACACGCUGGUUCCUGUCCGUUUGCCUGCAGGUAAACUGGACCCAGAGAGCGGAGCAACGCUGGAGAAGAUGGCGAAGCGGGAGGCCCAUCCCGACUCGUGGUUGAACCUCGAGCUUGUGUGCUGUCGAAGAGGCCGGUUCCUUCACUGCAGAAUCAGCAGGGGCUCGGACCGGGACAGAGGCAGAACUCUGAGGGACCGGCUCAGACGGCACCCAGAACUGAUGCCUUCAAGGUCCUGCCUCGUAGCCCGAUCCGGUUACCCACUAACUGCACAUGUUUUAACCCCGUACGCAGGAAGCCGUGGACCAAAAGAGGAACUUUUUAACAGAACCCUGGAGGAGCUCUGUCAGAUCCUGGACCGGGCCGUGGCCGGCCUGAAAGCCAGGUUCAAACGGCUCACGUCUCUGGACGUGGGAAACCACGACCGAGCCAGAGCCGUGGUUCUGACGGCGUGUGUUCUGCACAACGUGUUCGUGAGCACGGGCCGAGACGUUCGAGGACAGCCUGGGAGAGAGAGCGCUCCGACCGAGGAGGAGGAAGAGGAGGAGGAAGAGGGCGUUCGGAGGCGGGACGCUGUCGCAGAUUUGCUGCUGAAAAAUGUUCAACCUGGAAACUUAUGA